AUGAUACUGUCACUAAGAGUUGUGGUAGCACGGUCAGGCGGUGGGAGAAGCUUCAGAUUAAGGAGAUUCUAUAGAGUUUUGGCCAUAGAGUCAUCAUGUGAUGAUAGUUGUUUAGCACUUUUGGAAAAACUGAAAGGGAAAUCACCUAUUAUCAUAGAUGAGAUGAAGAGGACGUUGAAUUCUCAAGCAACUGGAGGUAUAGUUCCUACCAAAGCCCAAGAAUUCCAUCAACAGGAAAUAGGGAAUAUGAUUUUGGAAUUUAGUGGAAGGCACGGACUACAAUCAAAUCCUCCUGACGUUAUUUGUUGUACUAGAGGUCCAGGAAUGGUAGGUUCGUUAUCUGCAAGUUUACAAAUAGCCAAAGGAUUAUCCAUUGGUUGGAACAAACCUAUGAUAGGAGUCCAUCAUAUGUUGGGCCAUGUACUUAUUUCACAAUUACCAGAAUCAGAAAGACCUAAUAUCAAACCUCCAGAGUAUCCGUUUUUAAGUUUACUUUGUAGUGGAGGCCACACCAUGUUGUUAUUGCUGAAAUCCAUAUCUGAUCAUGAAAUCAUCAUAGAGACGUCAGAUAUAGCUGUAGGGGAUUCAAUCGAUAAAUGUGCCCGAGAGUUAGGCAUUGAAGGGAACUUGUUAGGUAAAGAACUCGAAAAAUAUGUAAAUAGUAUACCUCCCGAAUUGGCGAAUGAGUUUCUGAACAUAUCCACUGAAACAAGAGAUAAUGAGUUUGAGUUCAAGUUGAAAAAACCUCUAAGAGGGCCCCAUAAUCCUGUGAUACCCGAUACUUUGACUUUUUCCUUUGCUCCAUUUUUAAGCAGCAUCCAACAUUUCAAGAGCAGCAAUGAGUUGACAGAAAGAUCCAAACAGUUUAUCGCCUAUAAGACCCAGAAACUCAUAUUCCAACAUAUCAUCGAUAGAGUCAACAUAUCUCUCUUGAAACAUGGGAUCAGAGAGGAUGGUAUCAAAGGAAAGAUAGUGAAGGGAGACAAGAAAUUUGAAGGAGUAAGAAGUCUUGUUCUUUCAGGUGGAGUUGCAUCUAACAGAAUAUUCCGGGACUUGCUCCAGGAAGAAUUAAGACUUAAUCUUUUAGGCAAUGAAGAAGACUUCCAGUUCCAUUUUCCUGAUGUUAGACUUUGCACAGAUAAUGCUGUAAUGAUCGGAGUUGCAGGAAUCGAGAUCUUGGAGACUUUACAUAAACGUACCGACUUGAAUGUUCUCCCAAUCAGGAAAUGGCCCAUGAACAAACUUUUGGAUGUCGAUGGAUGGAUAGACAUGGAGGAAUCAGAAAUCAAGAGGUUGAUGAAUAAAUAG